AAUGGAAAUGUCAAUAUACAGUAAUACAAUAAUACCAUAUAUAAUACACUUUGUAGAAGCAGUUUUUGAAAGUUGAUUGUUUCCUAGAUACGGAAGUGUUUAAAUAUUUAAAAUAAAUGUUAUCAAUAUGACAUAUUCGACCAGCAUAAAAAUAUUUAAGUACAAUCACAGUGAUAAUCGCAUUCUAUUCAACAAUGUAAUCUGUCGGUAUUCACACAAAUAUACAAAAUAUACUUCAUAUUAAACGAAGGCUGUCUAUUGAACUGAGUGCGUUAUCUUGAACAAAUUGAAUUUAAUAAGAUGACAUUAUAUCAUUCAACUAUCGUCAGAUAAAAGAAACUGUGAACUGUGAGCUGUGAGAACCAAAAUAUAUCUCUAUAUAUUUAUAUUUAUCGAGUGAUAAGAGAAGAAGACGCUUCGAAAUGGCUGACAAUCAUAAAAAUACCGAAGAUGAUGAAAAAACUACAGACGCUACAUAUAGUGGACUAUUAGAAAAAUGUGAUAAUACAGUUGAACAAACGAAUCAAAAGUCAACCAAAACAGGCCUUUAUCGUCAAAUUCUUUUGACAACCAUUGUGACACCGGUUAUGAUAAGUUUAGCCCACAGCCUGGCAUUUCCUGCUUUAAUUAUUCCAGAAUUACGAAAAGAAAAUGGUACAAUUUCAAUGACCGAAGAUGAAGAACCCUGGUUCACAAGCACAUUCAGUGUGGCAUCGCCGAUUGGAUCACUAAUUAGUGGUUUUAUGAUGGAUCGAUACGGUCGAAAGAUUACAUUGGCAACACCACUAAUACCUCUGAUAUUAAGUUGGAUUGUCCUGGCAUCUGCCCAAACUAAAUUUGUUCUAUUUCUGAGUCGAAUAGUUUUGGGUGUUUGUGGAGGGUUUGGCCCGCCAAUUUGUCAGAUUUAUUUGGCCGAAACUGCUGAUGCUGAAUUUCGUGGUGUAACAAUUAAUCUGGGAUAUGUAACAUUAUCCACAGGGUUCCUUUUGACUUUUGCACUGGGUGCUGCAAUGAGUUGGCGCCAUCUAGCAUGGUGUGGAAUUAUAUUUCCGAUUAUAACAUUGGCUGGUAUUGCCCUUAUACCAGAGUCUCCAAUUUUUUUAAUUCGAAGCGGAAACAUUGAACGAGCAUACAAGAGUUUUCUUUGGCUUCGUGGUGAUAAAAACAUUGCUCGAAACGAACUGAACAAACAUUUAUCUCAAAUAAAUCAAGAAAAUGAAGCCAAUCAAGCAGCACAAAACAACAAUUCGUGGCGAGAUUUUUUUCAGCCAUCUGUUUUAAAACCCAUUGUAAUCAUUUUCGCAUUCAUUUUGUUCUUCAAUUUAUCGGGAACUUAUUUGUUGAUAUACUAUGCAAUUGAUAUUCUGGACCAAGUUCAUUUAAAAAUCAGUUCACAUAAUGCGAGUGUUAUUAUAUCACUUGUUAGAUUAAUAGUUACCAUUGUUUUUUGUUGGUUGUUUACAAAAAUCAAAAGACGACCUAUAUAUCUGAUCGCGGGCAUUGGCUCCACCUGUAGCACGCUUAUCUUGGCUGCAUACUUACAUUUUGAAGGUCAAUUUGCAAGCGAAACAUUGAAAUUACUUGUUGCUGGAUCCUUACUCCUACUUUACGUUUCGACAAAUACUGCUUUCAUGAUUACGCCAGGUUUCUUAACCGGUGAAUUAUUGCCCGCGAAAAUUAGAGGCCGCUUAGCUGGUUAUAUCUACACGUAUUUUAGUGUAGUGACUUUUAUAUUGAAUAAAUUUUUUCCAAAUCUUAAUAGUCUUCUCGGUUUAACUGGUGUAAUAUUUGUAUUUGGAUUGGCAAGUUUGGCAACUACAUGUUUGGUAUAUUUUAUGGUACCAGAAACAAAAGGAAAAACACUGCUUGAAAUUGAACGAUAUUUUCAAGAACAUGGAUGGAUUUAUAAAUCAAGUCAAUCACCUUCGGGUUCAAUUCAAAUGAAUCAAUAAUGCCAAAUAUUAGACGAAAUUAUUUAAAAUGUAAUUUUUUAUGCUGAAAACAAUCUUUUUUA